AUGAGAAACUAUACAUCAGUUACCAGCUUUGUCCUCCUGGGAUUGACAGAUGACCCUCAGCUGCGGAUUUUGAUUUUUGUAUUUUUACUCAUCACCUACAUGCUGAGUGCUAUUGGAAACCUGACCAUCAUCCUCCUCACAAUAGUGGAUUCUCAUCUUAAAACUGCAAUGUAUCUUUUCCUCCAAAAUUUUUCCUUUUUAGAAAUCUCAUUCACUUCUGCCUGCAUCCCUAGAUUCUUAUACAGUCUAACGACGGGUGACAGGACCAUUAGCUACAAUGCAUGUGCAUGCCAACUAUUUUUUACAGAUGUUUUUGGAGUAACAGAAUUUUUUCUCUUAGCCACUAUGUCUUAUGAUCGCUAUGUAGCCAUCUGCAAACCCCUGCAUUACAUGGUCAUCAUGAACCACAGGGUGUGCAAAAGGCUUAUCUUCUCCUGCUGGGUGACCACGCUGUUGAUUAUUUUGCCACCAAUUUUCUUGGGACUGGAUCUAGAAUUUUGUGAAUCAAAUGCCAUUGACCACUUUGUCUGUGAUGCUAAUCCAAUUCUGAAAAUCUCAUGCUCAGAUACAUGGCUCUUAGAGCAAAUGGUUAUUGGUUGUUCUGUGUUAAUUUUCAUUGCAACUCUUAUAUGUGUGUUUUUGUCCUACUUGUAUAUCAUCAAAACAAUUCUUAGGUUCCCCUCUGCUCAGCAACAGACAAAAGCCUUUUCCACCUGCUCUUCCCACAUGAUUGUGGUUUCCAUCACUUACGGCAGUUGCAUCUUUAUCUACAUUAAACCUUCAGCAAAAGAUGAAAUGACUAUUAAUAAGGGGGUAUCAAUACUCACAACUUCCAUUUCCCCCAUGUUAAACCCAUUUAUUUAUACUCUGAGGAACAAGCAAGUGAAACAAGCCUUUCAUGACUUAGUCAAAAGAAUUAUAUUUCUCUCAAAGAACUAA